UUGAGCCUCGCCGUACCCCGUGAGAGUGCAAUCGCUGACCUCAAUCCAAUAGGCCCGCACAUCGUGGCCCAGUCGCCGCCGGGAUGCAUCACGGCGGGCCCCGGCGCGACAAAGCCGCCGCUGAUCGACUGGGACGUGAUGCAGGAGUACAUCAUGCCGCGCAAGGCCUUCUUCAACAGGUACAUGACGGUGCAGGACCCGGAGGGCAAGUACGCGGUCCUCGGGUUCCCCGUCCUGAUCCCGCACGAGAAGUAUCAGCGCAACGAGUUCAUCUUCAACUUCGGCAUCGUGCUGGACGCCGACGCCGACCAGGCGCCGUACGAGCCCGUCGUGCGCCGCCUCGCCGUCACGUUCAAGGAGAUGGAGAAGCAGAACGAGUAUCUCAGCCAAGAGGGCGCCGGUGUCGGCGGCGGCGGCGGCGGCGGGCUCAGGGGAGGGGAUCGCAGGCCGAUUGAGAGUUUGCUGGAGAUUGUCAAGGAGGAUCUGAAUAACUACGGCGAGUGCAUGAUUCCGGUCGACGACGCGAACACGAUCAACAUGAAGCUCUUCCCCCACCACGCCACCCCGCCGCAGGUGAAGGGCUGGCACGUGCCCGUCGCCAAGAUGAAGUUCGCCGAGAUCGUCGACCCGACGUGGGACCUGACGAUGCAGAAGGUCGUCGCCCACAUCGACGGCGUCAACGACGUCCGCCGCAUCGCCUGGGCCGCCGACGUCUCCCUCGACCUCGCCAAGCUCGCCCUCCGCCACCUCCUCUACUACGACACCGUCCUCCUGCUCGACAUGUUCUUCUUCGGCUCCUGCUACGCGCCCCGCCCCGGCAUCCACGACUUCGUCGCCAACCAGGACGGCAUCGUCGACGAGUGCGCCGCCUACGUCUGCAUCCACGCCCGUCAGCGCGUGAGCAACUUCAUGCUCGUGAAGCUGAUGACGAGCUUCUGCGUCGGCAAGAGCGUCAUGGAAUGGCUGAGGGGUCAUCAGGAGGCCGGGUUCGAUGUGCUGAGGUACGUUGAUGUGAGGAGGCUGGUGCAGUUCGGCGUCAUCAAGGGGUGUCUCUACCGCGCGCACAAGUACGUCGUCUCCAAGCAGUAUCUGGCGGCGUUGGCGACGGGACAGGCGGCGCCCAAGGCUGGCGGGGAUCCGUUACAGAAGUAUACCGACGGAUGCCACACUUUUGACCAGAUCAUCACAGAGAACAACCUGACGGAUGGGGAGAUUAUGGAGAAACUAAAGGCUCUGCCCGUCCCAACGGGGGACUUGACUGUGUUUUACCGAUGA